AUGAACACAGAAGAGAAAUUCACCCUGCGUCCUCCAAGACCACAAGGCAGCAAAAACGAUCUGUACCUAGAAGGCUACGGCAAGAACUGGGGUGAAAAAAUUACUUUUACUGUCGGUGUCUCAUAUUUCGCAGCAGCCAUUGUAGGGCUUUUUGCCGGUGCUUACUAUGGAAAGCAAGCUUCAGCUAAGCACAGACAGUUAAAGGGUUAUCGUAUUGUGAGCACUAUAGCAAGGACUGCUUCACGGUAUGGAAAUGCAAGUGCAGCUGCCAGCUUGAUGUUUUGCUUGACAGGGAAAUUUGUCGAUCUGGUGUUCGAAGAAGAAAUCCAGGACUUUGGCCAAAUGACUAGGAAUAUAGCGGCUGGGACUUUGACUGGAGCGCUCUAUAAGUCUACGUUAGGGAUUAGACCGAUGAUUGUGGGAGCAAUAAUUGGGGCUGGAGCUGUCACUACAAUUGCGUAUUCAUUGAAUGGGCUUAAUGAUAUGGGAAUAAUCAAGUUUAGAAUGGAAGUUUAA